AUGAUUUCCGGUUGGACAAAGAAGCUUGGCGAACUAGCUGGGUUUGGCGUUGUUGUGAUCUUAUAUACGCUCCGUUACAAUGCAGGCAACGAGUUUGACCAAUGCUCGAAUAUCAGCGAUGGACUUCGCAACCUUAUGCUUCAACACGCCAACUCUAGGACUUUCGAGAAGCAUUACCUCGGCCGCGUCGUCCCUGUGGAUACUAUGGCUGUUGUGAGCCAUAAAGAGCAGCAAAAAGCGCUGAUGCGUCAAGCCUGCAGUAUCGGGUACUCAGCCAGCAAGCGACGGCCUACCCAUCUGACUGCUGAGCAGUCCGCGAGCAUCAAUGAUGAUCCCGAGAUCCAGGAUCUCCUUCGACAACGAGAAUUCCUUCUCUCUAAAGGCAAUAAGUCCGACAAGGUUCGCACACGUCUAAGGAAGAUUUCUAAGGAUAUUCAAAGCGAGAAGGCGCGCCUACGCCGAAAACGCAAAGAUCAAGUCAGAAAGACUUAGUCUCGCGAACAGGCUGUAACCGAUAUCGAGCGACAACUAGCUAGCAAGACAUUUGAGGAUCCACCAAUCUCGCCAUCGGAUGAAGAUGCUCAUCCAGCCCAGAAACGUCUAUACCAGCGCUGCCCUCAAAUCAAACAAAUCAAAUCCGGGGUCAUAUUUGAGAUAUUUGAUAACUCUCAAGACUAGAUUUGUUGUUUGAAAUAUUUAUUCAAAUAUUUCAAAUAUUUCAAAUCUGACUCUCUAUGCUUCCAUGCUAACAUCUCCAAUCUCCCAUUGGACCUCGUCCCCCCCACCUAUUGUCGCCCCUAGCUUCACCGCACCAUGUCUGACCCAGUUCUUAAGGCAUCGUAACUUCUCCAGCGUUUCCGUCGUCAUCGAAAGCCUCUGCGUCGUCAGCGUUAACUUGGCUAGGCUGAACGACCUCUCGCAAUCAGUCGCCAUCGCCGGUAUCGCGAGUAUAUCGAGAGCCAAUUGGCUGAUCAUCGGGAAUUGUCCCUG